CGGCGCGAGUUAGUUGCGGUUUAAGCGGCGAACGGUGCGGAUCUAUCGAAGCGGUUCGAAUACAACCAAAAAAUAAAUAAACGAUCACUGCCUGUGGAAAACCCUGCAAUCAACGCAAAAAUUGUUGGCCAAAAUCAACAAAAACUUCCGCAAAACGAUUCCAAUAAUUCCGCCCCCCCAAAAAAAAAAAAAAAUAAUAAUUUAAUAAAAGACAAUUACCACUAAAAUAGGGGGAAAAAGACGGGACCGGCAAUAGAAAGAAAAACAAUAGCCGCAAAUUAAAUAAACGUAAACCAUAAUUAUGACAAAAUGAGUUUGUCGACAGCAGUGAUGUUGGCCUAUGCCUUAACAGCGCUCUUACAGCUAGUGUGCCAUGCCAGCGGCUUGGAAACUGUAAAUGCUACAGCAGGCAAUACCUUCUGUUUGUAUCAAGAGCACAAUACCACAUACCGCAGGGAGCUGGGCGCUGUGUGGUUUGCCAGCCAGGAUCCCUGUCUGGUGUACUCGUGUGCCGCGGGCGUGGCCAAGGAUCCGCAGGCGCAUAUUGUGGUCACCCAAGUGGACUGCAAUGAGUUCUACUGCGAAGUGGGUUCGGAGCUGCGCAACGUCGCCGGCAGCUGCUGUGGCGAGUGCGUGCGCACCCACUGCCAGCACAAUAAUACCCUCUAUGCGCCCGGCGAGUCCUGGCACAACGAUGCCGACUGCACGCUGCUCGAGUGCGGCCGCCUGGACAGUGGCCAGAUUGUUGUCAACGCCUAUCAGCGCACCUGUCCGCCCCUGGAGGAGGAGUGCCCCGCCGCCAGGGUGGAGCUGCGGAACUGCUGUCCCUUCUGUCGGCCCCUGAAAGCGGUGCGCGUGGAGCAGCUGGACGAAGCGGAUGACACGGAGGACACGUGGACAGCCGAAUGGUACCGCAGGCAUCCCUGCCGUCGCGACUGUGUGGCGGGUGCCGAGCCCCUCACCUGUCGCUACACCUUCGUCGUCGAAUGGUAUCAGACCUUUGCCAAGGCCUGCUACGAUUGUCCCCGCAAUCUGACGGAUUGCGCGCGGCCCCACUGCGUCCUGGGGGAUGGCCUGGAGCGGGGCAUCACCGUCGUGAAUCGCAUGAUGCCGGGACCCGCCAUAGAGGUCUGCGAGGGCGAUCAGAUCGUGGUGGACGUGAAGAACAGUCUGCUGGGCGAGAGCACCUCCAUCCACUGGCACGGACUGCACCAGAAGGACACGCCCUACAUGGACGGCGUGCCGCACAUCACCCAGUGCCCCAUCUCGCCGCAUGCCACAUUCCGUUACAGCUUCCCGGCGGAUCUCUCGGGCACCCACUUCUGGCACUCGCACACGGGCAUGCAGCGGGGCGACGGCGUUUUUGGCGCUCUCAUCAUCCGCAAGCCCAAGAGCGCAGAGCCCCAUGGCCGACUGUACGAUCUGGAUCUCAGCGAACAUGUGAUGAUCGUCCAGGAUUGGAUCCACGAGCCGGGCGCCAGCAUCUUUGCGAGUCACCAUCACUCGCGCGGCGACAACAAGCCGCACAAUCUGCUGAUCAAUGGCCGGGGCCGCUACUACAAUCGCAUCUGGGCACAGGCCAAGAUGGAGCAUCAAUUGGCGAGGGGCAAAGCGAGCACCAAGCCGCUGGAGCCGUUGCCCAAGUCAGAGGUGGAUGUGGUCCAAACGCUGCCGCGAACCGCCCGUCUGGCCAAGAGCAACACCACGCGACUCUUUCCGGUGCAGCUGGCGCGCCAGAAGCGCGGCAACCUCAAUGCGAUUCCCCUGGAACUGGUGCCCCAUCAGGUGUACAGUGUGCAGCGGGGCGUUCGCUAUCGCUUCAGGAUCAUCAAUGCCGAGUAUCUCAACUGUCCGAUUGUCGUCUCGGUGGACGGGCACAACCUCACGGCCAUCAAUUCGGACGGCUUCGAUAUCGAGGCCAUGGAGGUGGGUUCGAUUGUGACGUAUGCCGGCGAACGCUUCGAUUUUGUGCUGCACGCCAACCAGGCGGUGGGCAACUAUUGGGUGCGCCUCAAGGGUUUGAUGGACUGCAGCGAGGUGUUCACCUCCGCCUUCCAGGUGGCCAUUCUGCGGUACGAAGGCGCGCCCGAUGAGGAGCCCAGCGCCGCGCUGAGCUACGCCCACAAGGCGCCGGGCAUCGAGCUGAAUGUGAUGAACCGCGGACCGGGCUAUCCGGAUACCAAGACCGUGGCGGAGAUGAGGGCGCUGCCCAUCUACGAUCAGGUGCCGGGCAUCGAUCACGACACCCUCGAGCCGGAGGCCGACUUCAAGUUCUUUGUGUACUACGAUUUCUAUGCGAAGAACAAUCCGGACUUCCACGACAAGGAUCUGUAUGCCAUGGACAUGAACAUGACCCAAUCGAAUCGCCUCUACACGCCCCAACUCAAUCACAUUACGCUGAAGUUCCCCUCGCUGGCGCUGCUCCCCUCCCGCAAGCAAUUGAGCGACUCGGACUUCUGCAACGAGACUAGUUUGGAGGCGCAGGGCAUAGACUGCCGCAGCGAGUUCUGCAAGUGCCACCACGUGUUGCAGGUGCCCCUCAAUGCGGUGGUGGAGCUGAUCAUCGUGGACGAGGGUUUCCAGUACUAUGCCAAUCAUCCGUUCCAUCUGCAUGGCAAUGCCUUUCGCGUGCUCGCUCUGGAGAGAUUGGGCGAGAAUGUCACCAUUGAAAUGAUCAAAUCCCUGGAUCGCUUCAAUUUGCUGAAACGAAACUUUGUGAAUCCGCCCGUCAAGGACACAGUGACCAUUCCGGAUGGCGGCUACACCAUCAUCCGCUUUGAGGCCUACAAUCCUGGCUAUUGGCUCUUCCAUUGCCACAUCGAGUUCCAUGCGGAGAUCGGCAUGGCGCUGGUCUUCAAGGUGGGCGACGACGAUCAAAUGGCGCCCGUGCCCGAUCAUUUUCCCACCUGCGGCGACUACAAUCCGGACUUGCGAUACGAUGGCCAGGCGACCACUGAGGGGGCCACCAGCAGCCACCCCACAGCUGCACCACAGGAUGCGGAUGGCGGUGGACAGAGAUUGGCCAGCGGCCCGCCCACUUGGAUUGCUUUGAUUUUCAGUUUACUUCUACUGAGAUGCAGACACUGAGAAGUGGUGCAACCUCCGCCCUCCCCCGCCCCGCAGCAAUACUUGCCAAGCGAAAUUCAGAGAUUAUUUAUUCGGAGGAGCAGCUGUCUGAUUUGAAACAGCUUGAGAUCAUCAUUUGUAUAUAGUAUAAUCCAUGGUCGUAUUUGUAGCCACCUCAUCAUUGUAGCCUCUAAACAUCUGUGAUUGUCUAAGAAAAUUUCUAUUCUAUAUUAAAAUUGUACAUAUAAGAGAAAGAGCUU